AUGCGCAACUUCAAGCGAGGCAUUUAUUCCACGACUGUGGCGCCGACACCAGUUCCCAAAGCAGAACUAGUCUUGCCUCCUCCACUCCUAUUUACCCCGGCCGGCUGCUACCUAUUUCCUUGCGACUUCAUGCUCGGUAUCAAUAGCGCUGCGGCGCAGGUCGAGGGGGCGGCGGCCGACGAGGGAAGGACGCCUGCAGCUCCUGACUUCAUCACCGAAUUCGCUCGAAGUAUAGGAGCUGACACCUCAAGCUUAGAGGAUGACUUCAUCGCGACUGAGAACUACUACCUCUAUAAGCAAGAUAUAGAGCGUCUUGCGUCAGUUGGCCUCAAAUACUAUUCUUUCAGCAUUGCUUGGCCACGCAUAUUACCUUUCGCGGUUCCAGGCACGCCGGUAAACAAGCAAGCAUUGGCACACUACGACGAUCUAAUCAAUUUCGCAAUUGAAAAAGGUGUCCAUCCCGUCGUGACACUCACCCAUUUCGACACUCCCGCGCAGUUUAUCGGGGGUAACGCGACCGGUCUCAAUAAAAAACCGUUGUUUGGAAACCUGAACUUGGGUUAUCAGAACGAUACCUUUGAGGACGCCUUUGUUCACUAUGGCAAGAUCGUCAUGGCACACUUCGCUGACCGGGUCCCUAUCUGGAUCACCUUCAACGAGCCGCUGACUGGCUGUGAUACUGGGCCUAGCAUUGAUCAUGUCAUCAAAUCUCAUGCACGGUUGUAUCAUUUCUACAAGGAUGAGCUUCAAGGUACGGGCAAGGUCAGCAUAAAAAUGGGAGCCGCACCAGCACUACCUCAAAUACCUUCAAAUGCGUCAUAUGUUGCCGCCACAAAGCAUUAUAACGACCUGAACAUUGGGAGCUUCCUGAACCCUCUCGCCCUUGGGCAAGACUUUCCGGACGCGUAUAAGCAGACGAUUCAAGAUUAUGUGCCGUUGACCCAAGAUGACCUGGCAUAUCUGAAUCAUACUCUGGGUAUGUUCUAUCCGACCUUAGCAGCUUUGCAACGUCAUUUCGUUUAG